AUGUUCUGCCUCAGACCCUCAGAUUACUUCCACUUUGCAGAGAAGAGUCUCAUGGCAGCUUCACUGUGUUGCUUGUGCCCGUUUUCUGCUCAAGCCAGCAGAGACGAGCCCCGGAGGGCUGGCGGAGCCCCGGAGGUGGGGGCCCUGGGGCAGUGGGCCCAGCCCCUCCCUGGACUCAGGCCACACCCCAGUGCAGAGGCCCCAGCAGGCUGCCAGAACACCCACCCACCCCCCGCGACUCACCCCAGGCACAGUGACGCAGGAGACGGACAGCAGAAGGGCCGGAAGCCCAGACUCUAUUUGUCUAAGAUAUAA